AUGUCGCCGUCGCCUCCAGAAACAGAAGCCGAACCCUCACGGGCCGAGCGAGAGCGUCUCGACCGUGAACACAAGGAAAGGGAAGCAAAAGAGCAGGCUACACUGCCAUACAAAUGGACACAGACGAUUUCAGAGGCAGAAGUCACCAUUCCAGUUCCUGCUGAGAUACGCGGAAAGGACCUAGAAGUCGUGCUGACCAAGACCAAAAUCCGAGUUGCGUUGAAGGGCAAGGAACCUCUCAUUGAUGGUUCCUUCCCGUAUCCAAUUCACGUUGACGAGUCCUCAUGGACCCUCGAGACCGUCUCUAACCCCCCCGGAAAAGAAGUGACUGUCCAUCUGGACAAGGUGAACAAGAUGGAAUGGUGGCCUCACAUUGUCACUACCGCUCCCAAGAUCGACGUUAGCAAGAUAACACCUGAGAACUCGAAAUUGAGUGAUCUUGACGGUGAAACAAGAAAAAUGGUUGAGAAGAUGAUGUAUGAUCAGCAGCAGAAGGAGAUGGGAAAGCCAUCUAGUGAUGAGCAGAAGAAGGCUGAGAUGCUCAAGAAGUUCCAGGAACAGCACCCAGAGAUGGACUUUUCCAAAGCACAAAUCGGUUAA